AUGACCGACCAACGGCCAGAUGCGCCCGCCAACCGCCAUCAAUUAGCUGACUGGUUGAAUGUAUCGUCUGAUCGAGUUGUCACUGUAGAGCAUCCGUCCAUCAUCAGAGAUAUCGACAAGGGUCUUCGAUCUCUUGGCGGAGAGCAUCACAUCAAACAUCUGCUUGCCCCUGCUGGUCAAACUUUGUCUGUCGGUCUGUCCUUACGUCCUCAUGAUCACCUCGCCAAAAAGCUCGUCUCGAAAGAGAUGGCUGUUCAGAACCUACUUCUUCGCGUGACUGUCCCUAGGCGCACUGGUCGCAAGAGGAAGAGAGGCUCCAAUGGCCCGUUUGAAUACCACGGUGACAGGGAGGGAUCGUCGGAUGAUGGCACAGAAGAGGCGCCUAUGUCUAUUACCUUGACUGCAGAACAGCUGCGACGUCGUCUUAUCGACAACGCCGACAAAUACACAGCCCGACCAGUUGCGACUAUCAAGCAAACUCACAGAUUCAGAGCUCUGCCCGACUUCCAGCUUCAGGCUGGCUCUCAACCAGUCAUGAACCAGAUCGGCAGAGGUCUUGUCAAUCCUACCUGUGAGUUCUUCUUGUCCCUUGGAGCUGGUGAACACCAUCUAAUAAGAGCAGUAUCGAGCAUCAAGAACUUCCACAUUGACAUGGCUACCGGUCGACCUCCCAACGAAGAGCUCAUCGCGCCUCCAAACUUCACUUCCUUCGAGCAGUCUCUGAACUAUCUUUACAAGCAAAACCCUGGUGUCACACACGUGACAGACAAAGAGGGUAAGGUCAAGACGGUCAACACCCAAGCUCCGAAGCGACGUCAAGUUGUCUCUGUACCUCACGAUAUUGACAAGGUGCCCACCGAGCCGCCCAAAGGUCUCCCACCUAUCGAGAAGCAGUCAGAAGCUCUUCAACAGUGUGUCAAGAAUAUGUUGGAGCUUCUGGAGACUAGACCCGCCGUAACUCGACGUGUGGCAUGCAAUCUCGUCGACUGGGGUAAUGAGGCACUCUUCAAAGAAGCAACGCAAUAUGUGGGAUACAGCUUCAAGUCUGGACCUUUUCGAGACACGCUUGUUAAAUACGGUCUUGACCCUCGAACUGAUCCGAAGUAUCGUUGCUACCAAACUUUCUCAUUCCAGCUCAUCGCCAAAGAUAAGGUCAUCGCUGCGGCAAAGAAGAUGCGAGAUGGCAAGAACCAAUGGAUCAGGAGCGACCGCUACAAGAAGGAUGAAGAGCCUUCGCAUGUGUUUGAUGGUAAAAGCAUGACGACCAACGGCAAGACAUGGCAGGUUUGCGAUAUCAAAGAGCCAAUUAUUGCUGGCUUAUUAGCAACUGAUAAUCUGCGGACUGAAUUCGAUUUCGAAACCUAUGGCUGGUACUACAACGGCACAAUUGCGAAAGCGCGCAUCAUCAUGCGAGACAUGAUCGGUAUGAUGCUGGCAGGACAUGCUCCUGACACAGCGGCCUACGAAACAGUAGCCACCGUUCCCGACGAAGUGGACAAGACGACAUAUCAGAAAUGCUACUUCGAAAGAGAUGCAAAAAACGACAAGGUGAUGCAACUGUCAGGAGAGAUCAGAAACCUUGUAAAGACAGACAUUGCUUCAAGGGUGAGAGACAAGUUCAGAGGUGAUGGGGAAGCAGCUGGUGACAACACCCAAGUCGGUGCAGAAGAUGACGAUGCAGGAGAUGGACUCGAGGACGAUGGAGACAUGGAGGGCGACCUUGACGACUUCGGAGGCGAGCCGGAGGCAUAG